AUGGACAUUGAAGAACAAAUUGAAAAGGCUGAGAAGUUGGACUCCCCUUCGUUGGUUGGGUCGUCCAUCCGGUCGGCCGACGAUCUGGCUCACCAGAAUUACAUCCACCCAGAGAAGUACAAGGGUCGUUCUAAAAGCAAGCCCAAGAAACAUUCCAUCUUGAACUCGUCAAUUGGCGCGUCAUUGGAUGAUUUGAUCAGUGAAGGUGCUUUGUUGGGCUCUGAGGAAGACUUUGAUAAGUUUUUGGACGAUUCUGGCCACGUCAAGUCGAAUGCCAGGUAUGCUCCACAAGAGAAAUCGGCCAAGGAUAAGAUUGACGGUGAAGACGAGUCUCCAGUAGAGUCCCCAGAAGAUUCUCCAGAGGAGAAAUCUUCAAGCAAAGCUAUUGAGCCUCAGGUUAAGUUGGACAACUCACAAGAACCUGAAAGUGUCCCUAUUUCGGCCCUGUCGACUGUAGAAGGCACUGCUGGGGACAUAGAUUCCAAGGCUAGCUCGAUCUACGACAAUGACAACUACUCUGCUCCCAAUUUGUCUGAGUACCAGCUUGAUCAUCAGAUCGCUGACCAUUCUGACUUGUUGAGCUCAGUUAAGUCGUACGACCUUAGCAAGUUGCCUUCUUCCUCCGAUAGAGAGCGCUCCAAGAGCAAUAUCUUGGCCGAAUCACCUGCUCGUGUGCCUAGCAAUUCUAGAGCAUCCCCAGCAAGAAAGACCGCUACGUUCGCUAAGAGUUUGGACUAUGGUGAGAAUGCCAACGUAAGGCUGUCGGAUUCGUUACACACGCCUUACUUUGCCUCGUACGAGCGUUCGCCAAGUAGGUCCUCCAGAUCAGGCUUCAGAGAUAAGUCUUCGGAAAGAGGUUCCAGAUCGACGUCUUCUCCUACGACGAACCCUCACUUGGCUCGUGGUGACACUUAUAAAAGUACCCAUGCUGAAACUCCACUCAAAUAUGAGCGUCCUGCUGACUUUGAUGUGGAUGAGGAGGAUAGCAGAGCUACCAGACAAUCCAGACCUACCAUGGGUGAGUCCAUUGCUGCUGCUGAAGCUAGUUCGCAACAACAGAAUCUCAGGGAGUUUCAUGGCGAGGAAGGUAUCACCAGGGAUCCAUCGUUAGUGACCACUGGUGACUACACAAACUUCAAUGUCGAUUCCUCAAGUAAUCGUUAUGAUGACUAUUUGUCCUCAGUGCGUUCUGAAUCGUCUACCAACUAUUUGAGGAGUAUUUCGAGAUCAAGAUCCAGACAACCUAAGAAGAACUCUACAAGUGAGAUCAACGAGAAGAAUGAUGCCAACCCAGAGGAGCUUGCCCAUGAGGGUGCGUUGAUAAGCGAUGACCCCUUUGACCAAGUAGAGAACUUCGAUAACGUCAUGAAAAACGUGGUAAGUCCCUCGAGACAGCAAGAUACUGCUAAUUUGAUAAGUAAGGAAGAGAAAGUUCCUGAAGUCGAAGAGCCAAUUGAAGAGGAAUCGGAGAAAGCCCCAGUGUCUGAUAUCCCUGCUGAUGAGAAGGAAAGCGAAGCCAAGGAACAACUCAUUGCUGAGGCGGCUCCUACAGUUUCGGCAAAGGACAUCCAUGUCGACCCUUCAGAGGCUGAUAACGAGGUACAUCACGACUUUGUCUCAGAGAACAAAGAAGUAGAAGAUGAUUCUUUAUCGAAGUCCGAACAGCAAGAUACCGAGGAGCUCGAGGAGCCUAUCGUGGACGAGUCUGCUGAAGAGAAAAUCAAAGAGGCUAAAGAGCAACUAAUUGCUGAAGAGGCACCUACUGUUACAGCUGCUGAUAUCAAGAUCAACAAGGAUGACAAGGAAGAUGUUAAAGAGGCUGCUGGCAGCGACCACGAAGAACUCAGCGAUCUUCCAUCGAAAGACGUCCCAUCGAAAGACGUCCCAUCGAAAGACGUCCCAUCGAAAGACGUCGACGAAGAUGCCAGUCUCAGCAAUGUGACGGCCGCAGAAACUUCUGCCCUGGCCGAUCUGACCGAUGCCCCUGUUUCUAAAUCUGUUGAAGAAAGUAUCGCUGAUGAGCCAGAUGCCACAGAUCCUAGCGAGUCUCAAGAACCAAAGUCGGCCGAAGACGAGUCAACGAAGGAACAAGAGAAUCAAGAGGAGGAGGAGGAAAAGGCAGAGGAAGAGGAAAAAGCAGAGGAAGAGGAAAAAGCAGAGGAAGAAGAAAAGCCAAAUUUAAUUUCUGAGCCAGUUGCUAACGUUCCUGAAACCGAAGAAGCUAAGGACAUUAAAGCAGAAGAAAAACUGGUUCCAGAUGAAGAAGAUAACAAGCCUAGUCUCGUCGCUGAGGAUGAAGUUGAUGUAACAGAGCCUGAAGCUACUGAGGACAGGGGUCUUCAUGAAUCUGUUGACGAAGAGGGCAAUGCUGUGGAAGACAAGGAGGAAACUGUCAUCUCGAAAGGACUUGAGACUGAUGAACACGGCGCUAAGGUUCCGGAAAUUGACUUUGAAGAAGAAAAGCAGGAAGAUAUCGCACCUGAAUCCGAAGCUGCCACAGACAAGCCUUCUCUUAUAAGUGAAACUGCCAAUGACGACAAAGAGCUUGAAGCAGAGGAUGUCGAAGCCGUCGAAGCAACAACCGAGCCUGAAGAAGUUGACAAGGGAAACACCGAUGACGCUAAGGACGACUCCGAAGAGGCCAAGGCAGAGAAAGACAUCAAAGCGGAAGAACCUGAAGCGACAGAAACCAAGCCAGCCUCCGAAUCUGAUGCCGAGGCCGAUGUAACAGAAGGUGAGAAGGUUGGUGACUCCAAGGAUGAAGAGGAAACGGUGGUUGCCAAGGAUGCACCAGAAACGGAAGAAGAAGUAGUGGAAGUGAAGAACGACGACGAGCCUUCUGAUGAGCAACAGGCUAAGGCGACUGCUCUUGUUGCCGACGAGGAAAAGGACACACCCAAGGGUAAUGGCGAUGAAAGCUUCGAGGAAGUUACUAAGGAAAGUGAGGUCGAAGAAGCACCUGAAGAGUCGACUGAGCAGACAGAUGAAGAUGCCACUGAAGCUCCCGAGAGUAAAGAAAGGGAGCUUAAAGAAGAAACCCUGGAGAAGAGUACGCCUCAAAGUGCCAGCAAAGGAUGGUUCGGCCUGAUCAAGGAAGGUAUUGGUGCCGUCGUUGGCGGAGCAGCCGUUGCCGAAAGCCAGCCUAGCAAUGACGACGAGUUUGACGUGUCGCCAGAGGAGUUGCGUAAGCACCUCAAAGAGCAGCCAGUGUACAUUUUCACGUCGCUCGCUGGAGGCAUGCAAAUCAUGCAAAGGACGAACCGUCUCACGACCAUCUUGCAGGCCAACGGCGUGAAGUUCGAAUACAGAGAUUUGGGCACAGACGAGGAGGCUAAGAAGCUCUGGAGAAGAUACGCGCUGGGUAAGACGCUACCAGGAGUGGUCAGAGGCGAUGACUUCAUCGGCAACUGGCAAGAGAUUGACGAGCUCAACGAAGAGUACUUGCUCCAACAAAGGCUCUGGGAAGAACUUUAA